AGGAUAAUGAACUUGAAACAAGGAAGUUGAUAUUGAUAAUAAAGACAAAUUAUCAGAAAAUACCAAACGAAGAAGAUCGGCUGUUUUAAGUGAGUGGCUAAGAUGAUGUUCACGGUGACCGGUACAUUUUCGUCCUCAUCAUCAAAACCAUCAACGGCUAAAUAUCGUGCGCAAAAGCUUGAAAGAUUUGGUGAUGUUAUUGAUGGCACCAAAGAAGUGAACAAUAGUAGCACUCCAAAUUCAACAUUAACAACUGUUCAGCAACCAGUUGAUAAAACAGCAACAUUAGCUGCAAGUACAGCAGUUAUAAGUAGCGAUUUAAGUGGAAACGUUGAGGGAAGCAGUAAAUCGGUACACGGCAUCGUUGCGUCACUGAUACAGGCAGCGGAAGAGACACGUUUUAAGGCACCAGAUAAGCCUAAAUCAUUGAAUCUCACUAAUAAAAAGCUUCAACAACCAACCACAACUGCUACCAUUAUUGCCACUUCUGAACAACAGGAAACUGGUACUCAGACGAGUCCGUACUCGUUAUCCAGAUCCAGUUCCUUCGACUGGCUCAACGAAUCAUCCAUUGAGGAUCAGUACAGUGAGGAACUUAUUAUUACUACAACAGAGUCUCCGAGAUUUCCUGAAGACCCUGAAUAUUCCUCGUUAAAUCAAAUUGCGGAAUCAUCUCAUACUGUUGACAAGGAAAUUCAAAGAAUGUCGCGCAAAAGUACGGAAAUAUGUGGUAGUUUGCUCGAAGAAAGGAAGAUACAAUCAUCGGAAAGUAUUGACGAGAGUAUAGCAAUGCUGUUGGAGUAUGCUGAGGAUUUGGAUGUUGUGCCAAACCGAGAAUUGCAUUAUCCUGUCACCAGUGGAAAUCUUGCAAAACUUACAAAUGAUAUUCGACAUAGUGAAUCAAUUCUGUCACAUGAAAUUCCGUCUGAUAUUUCCAGAAACAGGAUAUCAUCGACCAAGAAUCAGAAUGAAUUCUUCCGACGUUUUACAUCAACCACGGGUAAUGGUAAUGGUAGUGGUACCACUGGCUUGACCACCCAACGGAAAGGCUCUUCACAAGGAUCUAUGAAUGGUAGCAUAUAUGAUAAUGUGCCUCAUGGAAUUAAGCAAACUGCAACACUGCAGGCAUCGCUCUCGGGAAAUGUUAGUAGCACUGCAAUUACCGCCGCUACUGCUUCGCUUCAGUUGUCCAGAAAAGACAACAAUGUAGCAGACUCAACAUCACCGUCGACAAAAGUGGAUCAUGAUGUCAUCUUGUUUCAUGACCCGAAAGUUAUGGACAAUUUGGCAUCACCGAAUGACAGCGCUAUAUCUCAGCGUGAUAUUAGUGUUAGCUCUGGCUUGGCUGAUAGCGAGAGCUCCCCAAUGACUCCAGGUGCUCCAGCUGCGAUCAGCUUGUGCCACAGCAGUAGAUACAAGAAGCAACAGCCAAAUGCUGACAAGAAUAAGUCUCACUUGGCGCAGAUAGAGAUAGACUCAUCAUCAUUUGAAAUGGACACGAUUGGCAGAGAAGUUCGUUCACCACCACCACCUUCACCUCGUUUGGAUACGGAAAAUCGUGCUUUAUCGGUGGUAGUAGCGUCUGAUUUGUUUGAUUUCAGUGCUGGACGUGUUCCGGAACGAGCAGAAAGCUGUGAAGAGCUAAAUGUCGAUUUUACUGAACAGACGAGCAAUGAGUUGUAUACACAAAAGAAGCAGAAAGCCGGUAAGUUAGGCUUUCUCGUCCGUUGCUUAUUUAUGAGAGAUAUUGAUUUCGCCGUUAUAUAA